AUGCCUUCGAUCUUGCUUUUUGGCGUAACAGGCCUUGUUGGCUCACAUCUUAUUUUGGCCCUCAAGAAUGAAUACCCCAAUCUUCCAGUCACCGUGUUCUUGCGCAACAAAACUCUCGACACGUAUCUGUACGAAACUGCCGGUGUGAAGCGGAUCGUACAUGGUACGUUUGACGAGAAGGACAAAAUCGUCGCCCUCGCCAAAGAGCACGAUAUUGUAAUCAACGUUGGUUCGUCAUGGGAUGUGCCUUUGAGCGAGGCGAUUGUGGAAGGAUUGAGCCAGCAACCGGAAGAGAAGAAGAAGACCCUCAUCCACAUGAGUGGAGCGGGCAAUUUUGUGGACAAGAGGUGGAUAGAUGGGGCGUUCCACGCGGAAGCAAAGGUCUGGGAUGACAGCAAUCCAGAAGACAUGAAGCUCAUCAACCCUUCCAUGCUCAAUGGUGGGCCAGACACUGUAGUCCUGAACGCUGGCAAGCAAGGUAACAUCGGGACCUACAUUGUCUUCCCUUCAGGCAUCUAUGGCAACGCAGCGGGGCCAAUUCCAGCCCUAGGGGUGGUUCAACUGAUUUACCGGGAGAAAGCGAAAGAGCUGGGAUUUGUGCCGUACGUCGGAGAGGGAAGUGCCAUCUUCAAUUGCCUCCACGUCAACGCCAUUGCCCCCUUCAUGUUAAAGGUCCUGGACCUGACACUACGCGAGGAUACGCCUCAAGGGUCUGUCUAUGAGCGGUGUUUCGUGAUUGGGGGGCCCGAAAUUGCGUGGAAGGACGCAUCAGCAGCUUUUGCAAAGGCUCUGUACGCGGACGGGAUCGUGUCGAGUCCUCAGGCCAGAAGUGUGACGCGGGAGGAAGCAGGCGAGGGUGAGUUGCCGAUGCUGAUGUCGAGCAGUGUCAAGUUUGUGUCGCGACGGGCAGAGAAAUUGGGUUACCAGCAUAACGAAGUUGGACUGGUGGAAUUCUUGAGCAAGUCGAGAUAG